AGUGCCACAGCGCACGUGUUGGACUAGCCAGCUAGGCUGGAGAUUUCUGGGGAUGGAGGGCGAGAUGGAAGCACAAAGUGCUGGCGCGGAGGACGGUUUCACCCAGAUAACCCGCAAAGGUGGCCGGCGGGCGAAGAAGCGGCAGGCUGAGCAGCUGGCGGCGGCAGGGGAGAGCGGAGACGCGGGACACAUGGACACGGAGGAGGCCCGGCCCGCGAAGAGGCCCCUCUUCCCGCCCCUUUCCGGGGAUGGGCUCCUGGGUGGAAAAGAAGAAACAAGGAAAAUUCCAGUCCCAGCUAACAGAUACACACCAUUGAAAGAGAACUGGAUGAAGAUAUUUACUCCUGUUGUAGAACAUUUGGGACUUCAGAUACGCUUUAACUUGAAAUCCAGAAAUGUAGAAAUCAGGACUUGUAAAGAAACCAAAGAUGUUAGCGCCCUGACAAAAGCAGCUGAUUUUGUGAAAGCCUUUAUUCUAGGAUUUCAGGUGGAGGAUGCACUUGCCCUCAUCAGAUUAGAUGACCUCUUUCUAGAGUCUUUUGAAAUUACGGAUGUUAAGCCUUUAAAGGGAGACCACCUCUCAAGGGCAAUAGGACGAAUCGCUGGCAAAGGAGGAAAAACCAAAUUCACCAUAGAGAACGUGACACGGACACGGAUAGUUUUGGCUGAUGUGAAAGUUCACAUUCUGGGCUCUUUCCAAAACAUCAAGAUGGCAAGAACUGCCAUUUGCAACCUCAUUCUGGGAAACCCUCCAUCAAAAGUUUACGGCAAUAUUCGUGCUGUGGCUAGCAGAGCAGCAAAUCGAUUUUGA